AUGGUCAUUCUACGGUUUGUCAUGGGUUUCGGUCAGGGACUUCUCUGGCCAUGUAUGAGUGUCCUUGUGAGUCACUGGUUCCCACCAACCGAGAAGAGCACAGCGUUAGCGAUCGCGACAACAGGAAAUCAGUUAUCUGUCGUGAUUGCAAUGUUUGCAACGGCUGAGCUGUGUCAAGUGCCGUUCAUGGGUGGUUGGCCAAUGGCCUUUCAUGUAUACGGUAUUCUUGGUGUGCUGCUUUGCAUUCUUUGGCAAGUUUUGUUGCUGAUGAUCCCGCGAAUGCCAGAGGCAUCACUAACGCAGAAGAUUCAAAUCAUCACGAACUCAGCCGGUCGGCGACCUCGUGUGCAG